AGAAAACGCAAUCUUUACAAGACUUCUUUUGGCAGAGAUAAGUACAAUGUUAAUAUUUGGAUACAACCUAAAGAAAAAUUAAUUAGAAGAUACAGAUGCAUAAAUCAACCUGGACACUGUACUCAAUGAAAAUAACUAACCCAACAUAAAGUAUUACACUUGCAAAAGGGUAGCCACACAUAUUGGACUAAUUAAUCCUCAUGGCACAGAAAGAUUGUUGUGAUCAUUUCUGCUGUACAACAAAGUGACUCGGUUAUACACAUACACACAUCCAUUCCUUUUCAGAUUCUUUUCUCAUAAAGCUUAUCACAGAAUAUUGGGUAGGCUUCCCUGUGCUAUACAGCAGGUCUUCAUUGACUGGGAAUCAUUUUAACCAUGUGUUUUCUUCUAUGACAAGUUUUAUCUUUGCAAAAGUCAUUUUAUGAUUUGAGAUACAGGACUAAGGGAAAGCGCUCUCUCUUGCUGUUUCUAUAUGAAGCAGACCAAUCCAGCUAGAGUUCUGAACUUACCUAAAUAAACUCAGAAAUUCAACCAGAGAAUAAUAAGGUUUAGCAGACUAAGGAUGAAAGAAAUGAACACAUGUGGUAAGUCAGCACGGGUGGGUUUGGGGAAACAUUCUUCCAUUUCAUUAUUUUCUCAAAUAUAAGAAAAACGGUGGUAUCCCUUCACUUAAUCAUUAUUCUAUAAAAAUUUUCUAUAUUACAUUCUCUAGGUAAAAUAUAGAGAUUUGUUAAUCUUCUUUUAGAUGUACCACAAAAUAAUAAUUUGGGGCAUUUUGAUUCAUGUUUUCAUCUUGCAAGUAUCAAUUCACAUCACUGGAGUUACAUCACAGAGAAAAUCCCUUCAUAACUCACUUUAUUUAACUGAAUAAGUUGACCAUCAAGAAUAUUUAAUACUGAAAUAUACAUCUUCAUUUUGACUUAAGUCCAUGAACAAGAGCAACGACAGUCAUGAAUGCAAGAAAUGUAAGUACUCCAAAGGUUUUCAUUCUCUUGGGCUUCUCUGACCAUCCCUGGUUGGAAAUGCCACUCUUCAUAAUAGUGCUUGCUGCUUACAUCUGUACACUAGUAGGAAACAUCUCAAUUAUAGUGGUAUCCAGAGUAGAUCCGAAUCUUGACAGCCCUAUGUACUUCUUCCUUUCCAACCUCUCCUUCCUGGACCUUUGUUUUACCACAACCACCAUCCCUCAACUGCUGCUAAACCUCUGGGGCCCAGAUAAGUCUAUCAGCUACGGAGGCUGUGUGACUCAGUUUUAUAUGUUUCACUUUUUGGGGGCCACCGAAUGCAUCCUCUUAGCUGUGAUGUCCUUGGAUCGUUACAUGGCCAUCUGCAAGCCUUUGAGGUACCCAGUCAUCAUGCAUCAGCAACUCUGUAUCUUCCUAGUGGUCAUGGCAUGGCUAAGUGGUUUGGUCAACUCCUUGCUUCAGUCAUCCCUCACCAUCCAGCUGCCACUUUGUGGCAACAACAAGGUAGAUGAUUUCCUGUGUGAGGUCCCAGUGAUGAUCAAGAUGUCAUGUACUGAUACCACAUUCAAUGUAGCUAUGCUCUCCAUUGUGGGAACAUUCUAUUCCCUCGUUCCCUUGUCACUUAUUCUUGUCUCCUAUGGGUUCAUCGUAGCUACAGUGCUCAGAAUUCAGUCCUCAGAGGGAAAGAAGAAGGCCUUUAACACAUGCAGUUCUCAUAUUAUUGUUGUAUCUCUCUUCUAUGGGCCAGUAAUUAGCAUGUAUGUGCAACCUUCUGCUGCUAACUCCCAGGAUAAGAACAAACUCAUGUCCCUAUUCUACAGCUUGGUGACUCCUAUGCUUAAUCCUUUUAUUUAUACUUUGAGGAACAAAGACAUGAAAGGGGCAAUGAUGAGGCUUCUUGUCUCAUUGUACCAUCAAAGAAGAGGAUAAACAUAGCUAUUUUUGUACUUCAUACUUUCCAUAUAGGACUUAGAAGAGCCUCUGUUCUAAAUUACCUCUUGGUUUUGCCUCGUCUCAAAAGUAUCCCCAAAGACGUAACUUUUUACUAUGUAGCUAUCAUAAGAAAUAAAAUAAAUAUAUGGUACUAAAUUUAAAUUAAAUUUAUAAAAAUAUUAAAAAUUCAUAUCUGUAUAAAUUGUGUCUUAACAAACAUAUUGAAAAUUUUUC